CCAUCGUUCUAGUCGCUUCCUUCUCAUAUGUGACCGACCGACCUCACGCCUUCGUCUAAUAUCAGUGAAGCUGUUCAGCGUGAAUUACUGUUUUCUGAAGUUUUGCUGUGAAUUCUCUCAACUUCAAUCAUGGUGUUCGAGAGGAAGAUGAUCACUUCCGGUGACCCCGAUGACGAGGAGGAAGAUGCUCCAGAGGAGGAGGAGGAGGAAGAAGAAGAAGAGGAGGAGGAAGAAAUGGUGGACCCUCUAGAUACGAUACGAGCCAAGUGUGAGGAGAGUGAACACUGUAGGCACUACAAGGAGCGCCUGGAGGCCUGUGAAGCAAGGGUCAACUCCAGGUCCAACACUGAGGAGACCUGCACGGAAGAGCUGUUUGACUUCUUGCAUGCACGGGACCAUUGUGUGUCGCACAAGCUGUUCCACAAAGUGAAGUGACCUGCCUGCCUGCCCAGUUUCCACCAUUUGCAGCUGCUUAAGUGUAAAAUAAUGACAUCUGUGACUUCUGUUUUUCUCCUGUGUAUUAAUAUAAAUGAGUUCUACAGGAGGCUUGUAGAAUGAAGACCUGACACCUUGCUAUAAAUAAUGCAGCUGUGUAGACUGGAGUCAGAAUCUGUAAGAAAUGAAUCUCUGCUUGUAUGGGUGAUGAUGGUCAUGCUCUUUUGAAAGGUUGUGCACAAAAAAGGGUUCAGUCAGUCAUGGGGUGCUUUCAUGUGUAAGUUCAUAAGACAAUUUGCUGCUACUGUAAGGGAUUUACCUCAGGUUUGGUCAUGAAUUCAUAACUCUGUCCAAAAAUAAAAGGCUUUUCUUGUUA